UCUAGGUCUAGAUCUGAAUCUAGAUGUAGUCAAGAUAGAAGAUAUAACUAUGUUAGUAUCAGUCGACGACGCAGAAGAAUAAUACUUGUUAAAUAGAUGUAGUGUUGGAUAUGGAAUUAAUUGUUGCCUUGUUUUCUUAAACAUCUAACAAGAUGGGUGUCUGGCGAGAAAGAGGACUCACUUAUAAAGUUGGCUUUAUUGGAGUUGUAGUUGGUUCUUUAACAUUUAUUGUUGGAUUUUGUGCACCAUCAUGGGCAAUUUUUAAAGCUGUGCAAUAUGAAGCGACAGAAAGCAUGGGGUUGUGGCAGAAGUGUACUGAAGAUCUGGGAGUUUGUGCCUUAACUGUAAGCAAUGAUGACAACAUAGGAUGGUUGAAAGCUGUCAGGGCACUGGAGUGUAUUGCAAUGUUUUUUGCUGUUGCUGCCUGCAUUAGUGGGUUAUAUUGCAAUUGCAUUGUGAAGGCACAAAUAAUGCCAGAUUUCUUCAAUAAAAAUAUGGAAACAUCAGCCAUAGUCUCAGUUGUUUUUGGCUCUUUUGGUCUUAUAAUCUUCGCCACACAAAUCCAGAACUAUUGUCAAGACAAAACUGGUGAAAUCUUCUGGGGCUUUGUUCUUGUUUGUGUCUCCAACUCUUUUAUUGGCGUCAGUGCAUUUCUCAUGUUGAUAUCCCACAAGCUGCAUGUGAUGGCUCAGCAUGAUCAGUUCCUUCAUCACCAUUUGAAUGGCCCAUUCCAUGGCCAGAUGCGCAACUCCAAUACUGAUGCCGGUAGCCAGGUUUUUAUUGCUACCUCUGAGGGUUAUCUGGACUUUGGACCUCCACCCUAUGAGAGUGUAGUCAACUGUGUCCCUCAGGAUGAAACCCCUCCACCUCCAUACUCUCAGGUUGAGAAGUUGAAUAAAUAACACCAGCCUUAACUAAGUACUUAACUAGCAGAGUAAUCCAUACUUUUUUUUUUAAUGCUGUUCAAGAUAUACGUAAUGCCUAUUCAGGCCAUUGACUUGAUAAAAAAGUAUAAAUGAUCUAAAGGUCAUAUUUCAAAUUGUUUUACACUGCCUGGGGAAGAGAGAUGUUUGCCUUCAUAAAGAAAAUUUCAUGUUAUAUUACACUGUAUUAUUUAUUUAUCCCUUAAUGGAAAUUUUGUAGUACACGAUUACUCUGUGAUGUUUACAUGUAUUUGGAUAUUAUUUCUAAAACUCAUGUACUUGUUUUUUUUUCGGUUGCAAUAAAAGUUUGAUAUUGUUUAAAUGUUACUGUUAAAAAAAGUCAACUUAAACUAAAAGUAAUCCUGAGAUUAAUGUGUUAAAAAGCUGUAAAAUUGAAAGCUUUUCUUGCAAGGCAAAACAAAAUACAUGAAUGCGCUAUACAUGUUGAGUGCUAAGUGCCUAUAAGGUGAUAGUUCUUAUUGCAAGAAUAUUUACUGUUUUUUCCUGCUGAUGUUUCUUAUUUUAAAAUGUUUUGUGAUACUUAAUGAUACCUAAAUAUUUUAAAUUACCAUAUCUUAAAUAAUUGCAAAGCUUUUUUUUCUAGUUAAAAUUAUUUUUCAUUUUUAAUAUUGUAACAAUGGUUAACUACAUAGUUAAUUAAAACCGCUUAUUUUAUUGUUCAUGUUUAUUUAUUAGUGUUCAGCUAAUUGUAAUAACACUUUCUUUAAAAGUACACAAAUGGAAAGUUAGAAAAAAGAAAAUUUUACUUUUAUCGUCUAGAAAACUUUUAUAAAGUUUUAUGUGUGCCAACAAAUAAACAGGAAUAUUUAUUUUCAUAUAGAUUAAAUUACAAAUGAAUAUGUAAUUUUAUAAACAGAUUACAAAAGGGUGCCUUCUAGUGGUGGGUCACCAUCUGAUUUGGAUCUUGUAUAUUCUUUCUUUUUCAUGACGUCUUUGUCUGACUGAUUUAUAAAAAAGAAAGGAUUUUUUCUUACCUCUGAAUCUUAAAGAAUACAAAAUAUUCAACACAUAUCUGCGACUCUGAUGCUGUCUGAACUAUCAUAUUUUACUUGUGAUUUCUAUGUAUGUGAAACAUGUGAACAUGUACACUUUAUUUUAAAGUCAUUAUAGUAUAAUAGUAAAAAUUGGCUUUUUAGUAAAAGUUUGGACCUUUUGAGGUCUUAAAAUAUUUUGACUGGAAAUAAUUAUUUCUUUACUCCUUAAGCUCUUUAAUAUUGGAGGACACUGAGCUUAAAAGAUACAAAAGUGUUACAAAAUUACCUUGUCUGACCAAUUGCCCUUGUGUGGAGUUUAUUAAAGGUAGUUGUUUCAAGCUUUAAUUUAAUAAUUUUUAUGUAAAUAGUUGUACAUACAUUUCCUGCCUAUGUGCUGGUUCAGUUCUUUUAUGUUGCAAUGCUGAUUUUCUGGAUGGCUGGCAAAGUCAGAAGUUCAAAGAAUCAAAAUAUUUCAGCUGUUAUUGUUAAAUAAUUGUAAAAUUUGAUUUACUUUUUUUUGGCCUGAUUGAGGUAUAAUUUGCUACGUUUUUCUGGAAAAUACAUUGAAGACAGAAUUUAUCUAAUUUUAUUCAUUGUCACAUUGCUUAAAACAUACACAAAGAGCCAGUGUUCAGUAUAUUUUUUACAUUGUACAAGUUGAAUAUUCAUGCUCAAAUAUUUUUGUAUUUUAUGAUGGGCAAUGGAAUUGCAUUGAAUACUCAUCUUUUUAACAUUUUGAUUUUGUAAGAUUCAUCAAAAUACCCAAAAGUAAGAGAUUACUACAUAAGUGAAUGCUAGAAAAUAAAGUUUCGAGCUUUACUUAAAAUUAAUUGAAAAUACUAUGUCAGAUUAAUUAAUAACUGGAAACUCCUUAAUAAAAAUUUAAUUUGAGC